AUGGCGGUGGAGCUGUACCAGAAGGUACUGGUCCUGGGCGUGGCUGUCUGGAUGAUUAUUUAUACUCGUCCCCUCCUCGUUCUCCUCGCCGUCUCCCGCCAUCGCGCCCAGCUGUGGCCCUCACAGGGUGCGCUCGCUGGCUCUCACCUGACAGGUCCCUGGCCUCAGGACGACAGCCAGCAACAACACGUUCCCUACAUGAGGGACAAAGCGACGCAGACCCCCAGGGCCUGGGCAGAUGAGAGGAGGAGGGGCUCUCACAAACGCUCGGCCUCCUGUGGGAGCACCGACCAACUCAAGGAGAUUGCCAAAUUGCGUCAGCAGCUUCAGCGCAGCAAACGCAGCAGCCGCCAUCGGAGGGACAAGGACCGCAAGUCCCCGUUCAAUGGCAGCCAUGCCAUCAUCCAGUCACAGUCGCCUAUGCCCAAGACCAUUCUUAUACCGAUCCCUAUAUCCAAAUCCUCGGCUCCUCGCUUCCGCAACAGCGUGGAGGGUCUGAACCAGGAGAUUGAACGCAUCAUCAUCCGAGACACUCCUGAGAAGGAAGAGACUAUUGUUCCACAGGAUGUCCCCGAUGGCCACCGCGCACCCCCACCAGUCCCCCAUCGGCGCAGCAGCAGCACCCGCAGCAUCGAUACACAGACUCCAUCAGGGGGUGGCCUGAGUGGUAACCAUAGCAACUGCAGCAGCCGCCCGGAUUCCAUCUCCCCCUCCUACCUCAGCGUCCUCAACGACACGGCUGGAGGCAGCCCCUACGAGGACAAAGAGCUAAGUCCGUGCUCCCCACUGCCCAAAUACGCCGCCUCUCCCAGACCCAACAACAGUUACAUGUUCAAGAGAGAACCACCAGAGGGCUGUGAGAAGGUCAGAGUGUCUGAGGAGUCCAUGCCCAAACCUCUGGAAGAGAUCCCUCCCUUCCUGUGUCCUGACCGCAACAAGGUCAACUUCAUCCCAAACAGCGGUUCUGCCUUCUGCCUCGUCAGCAUCCUCAAACCCCUGCUUCCCACCCCGGACCUCAACUUUCGCCCGGGGGUGGGCCUCCGAAGCCUGUCCCCAUCCCUGGUGCCUCUGUCCACCCAGCCCUGUCUCUUGGAGGAGCCUGAGAGCUUCUGACUGCCCCGUUGGCCUCAAAGUCAACAACCCCCUCCCCCCAUCAGCUAAAUCAGAAACCCUUAUGGAAAACAUUAUGGGAUUAACCCUUUUGUUCCUAAAACAACAAAAAACGCCUUUAGCAUGCCAGCUAAGCUCUCUCUGAUGUCCUUCUUUUGUUAAAAAGCUCUUCCCACUGCCUCCUCCUCUGACGUGAGACUCCUGCCUUCCUGAGCAGGCGUUUGUAGCUCACAUUUCACCGCUUUGUUCUACCUUUAGCACUGGUUCUGUCAUUGUUCUUCCGUAAGCAAACGGCCGAAGGGACAGACUUUUCUUUGAUUACAUCGUAUUAUACCAUGGCGCCUUUCCACGGACAUAUCUCUUUUUCUAUCUAUGGUUGUUUGUCUUUAUAUAAAUUAUGCCUUCCAUUAUGAAAAAAAAGGCCGCUGGUUUCCUUGGAGACCGCCAGAUCGACCACAGAGGCUAACUUUGGUGCUGCCAGAUGUAUCGUAGCAUACUUUGACGGGACGUGAGAAGUUCAAAAUGUGCCUGAUGUUUUAGACCGCAGUUUCCCUGAACCACCAUAAUGCUCUGAUCAUCUUUGAUCUUUAGUCUAAUUAUGAUCAUUGCACUAUGAAGGCUAUAGAUACAAGCAGUAAGGCAGAUGAAGUUCAAACAGUAUAUCCUUUAAAAAAAACUUGUAGACCAAAUCCUGAUAUCUGUUUGCCAUUUUUUAUCAGCCAUUUGCUGGGAAGUGUGUAUCAAUGGGAAACACAGGCCAGGGCUAUGAUGUUUGACGCGUGUUCAACCUGUAUCUGCUUGCCCCCCCACCCCGUCCAACCUUCCUAAGCGGCAGCCUUUGCUCACAGCAUCCCAUUAUCUCUUCAACACUUUAACCCUCACCCUUCUUUACUUAGUUUUUUAAGCUUUUUCUCCUUGUUAAAGGUCCCCCUGUCUUGGUCAGCUUCUUUUGCUUUUGAAUGCAACGACUUGCAGGGUUCUUCUCACGGAGAGGCUGGUCAACCCAGAGUUCUACGCUUCUGCAGACCAUUAGGGUAAGCUGGGUUACAGAAAUAGUCAGGGCUAGCGGGUCGAGUAACAACACUGUUCUGUGUGGUAGAUCAUUCAAAAUUAGCUACUUUCAGUUUUCCUGCUGCGUUUAAAAUUGAAUUUGAGAAAAAACAAAAGGUGUAAGAUAUUUGGAAUGAAACUGUAUUUUCUUCUAAAUGUAAAAAACGUUUUUGUUGAUCAAUCAUCCUGCAACAGAGAGAGAGAGAACUGCUUUCAGCAGAUAACAGGAAUGCUGUAUGGAGUGUUUUAGCCUCUGUCUAGUAUUCAACAUGCUAGAUUUUAAAACGUUGGCAGUUUUUUCUUCGAGUGGUUAAGGUAAAAAAUUACAUGAUCUAGGAAAAACAAAGUAAGACUGCCAUUUUGGUAAUGCUAGACAUGUUUACUGCUAACAUAAGAUUCUAAAGAGGCUUAAAAAUCUCUACAUUGGAAUCUUUUGCUUUAAAAAUUUAAAACUUAUGUCAUCUAAAUAAUGACUUUUUGUGUUAGGAAGGCUAGAGAAACAUUUUGCUUGUGGUUUUAUUUUAUAUCAACGGAAUCAGAAUUGGCUAAAAUCAGUACUGGAAAGUCAGAGCACUACAAAACUGGACAUCCUAAAUCCUAAAAUAUUAGGCCUAAACUGAUUGGCUCUUCCAUGUGAUGUCCGGUUUUGUAAAAUAAAAAAUAAAAAUCUACAUUUUGUCAGACAAAAAUGUACCUUUUAAGUCAGUAAGCAGCAUAAUGUUUAGAGAUCAAAACUUUCCUUGAAGGGUUUUUACGUCUUGUGCAAAAGGGAGACUAUUGUAGACAAGUAAUAAUUACCACAUGCUUUGCUUUGUCCUCCCCCGUUGCCAUUAAGCUAAGUUCAUUGAAAAAAGCUGCAGUUGUUUUGGUAACAUUAGCCUAGCACUACUUUAGCCAUGCUCGUGGUACACAGCAGCUCUUUAAGAGUCUCAGUCAGAAUUUUACAUUCCCCUACCACAAUUUCUCCAGAUAUUUCAUUGCCUUCUUUUUGACGUUGAUUUUUUUCUGCUAUUAUUACCUUACUCUGUUUGACAUUUGCCAACUGGACUUUUUGGAGAGACUGAAUGAUCCAGGAUAAUCUAAAUGAAUAGAAAUCAACACCUCAGUCUGAGUUUAAUGAAUCUAAACAAGAGUUUUACUGAGAUAAAUUGACUUAUUUGAUAUCGUUCUCUUUUGUUGAGAUAACAUUUUCCAGUAGGAAUCGGGUCAGAUAACUGUGUAGUUUACAGAUUGACAGCCUCUCCGUGCCAGAACCCACUCUCCUGUAUUUUUGUAGAUGUCACAAUUACUUAAAGGUGCCUGCUACAGUGGGAUAGGAAUGUACUGGACUUGUAAAUACAGAGGCACUGUGUUUGUAUUACUGGCUGACAGAGAUAUGUAUUCGAAUGAGGCAACAAGUGUAACAUACGACUUCUCAGCUGAGUACUGUGAAUUACAACUUGACUCAUUAUUGUGAAUAAUAACGUAUUUAUUUAUCGGACAGGAGAGGAAUUGGGUCUUCAGAGAUUUCUAAACAAGAACUGACAUCUCAGGUCAUAGAGAAUAGGAUACAAAGAUAUAUGCUAACAUAAAGAGAGCAAAACAACAGCUGCUUUCUGUGUAGCCUCACACAGUGGAAAUCCUGACUGACUUUAAUUUGUAGCCGAGUAGAUGUAGAAAAGUGUGGAUGUUAUUUGUUCAGACAGUAGUGGACGACCGUAGUUAUGUAAAAAAAAAAAAUAAAAAAAAAUGGAAGUCUGUUCCAAAAUAUAAAAUCCACUUGCUGAAACACAAUCAUAACAACGGCGGCACGUUUCGAUUUAGCGCUUGAAAAUGCUACCAAAAAAGAAAAAUCUGAAACGUAGAUGCAGAUUCAUCCAAUCUUUUUGUUUGUUUCAGAGUGGAUUAAACAACAUUUUGGAAUGAGGCUUUGUUUCUUUGUUUGCGUGUCCAGUUGACUGGGAACCAAACUGCCAAGUUUUCAUCUUUUCAACCCCUUUGAGUGAAAUAAAAGGCAUAGUUAAAAUAAA